AAGUAAAAACAAGUAAACAAUACUAAUAUUAGAAAGAAAGAAAAGAAAAAAAGCAAACAAUUUAACAAUGGCAGUGGGAAUGAGCUCACACACGACGCCGUUUUAGGAGUCAGUUACAACCGACAAAUCCUGUAUGGUCAUAAAUCGAGGCCCCUUCAUUUAAUAGAUCUCGUAAGUAAUCAUUUCAGUCAAUCUUCCAUAUUUAUCGCUCCUCUUCGAGAAUUAGCGUUAGUUAAUUAAACUCAAACUUUCUUAAUUUCCAUUAUGGUAACAAAACCCAUCCAUUAAUAAUUAACAUAAACCAAAAAACACCAAACAAAAAAAUCAACACAAAAGCUUCAAACACCAUUUUCACAUCUUCAUCUUCCUUAAUCUCCAAUGGCAUCAUCAAAACAAAACAUCUUCAUCUCCAUCAUCAUCACUCUCUUCCUCCUCUUCAAUCCAACCACAUCUCAAGAUACCGACAAUCUAGAAUCAUCAUCAUCAACAACAACAACAACAACACAAAACAACUGCGAAAAACGUUGGAUCCAUAUAAGAAAACUCCCACCACAAUUCAACCUAGAUCUACUCGCAAAUUGUUCUGAAUACACAUUUCUCGAUGAUUUAUGUCCUUACUUAGCAAACCACGGUUUAGGCCAAAAAACCCAUAACCGUUCUCAUAGUUGGUACCGAACCGAUCCAUCCAUGCUUGAACUCAUUUUCCAUCGGCGCAUGUUAGAAUAUCCAUGUUUAACGGAAGAUCCAACUAUUGCUAACGCCGUUUAUCUUCCUUACUACGCUGGCUUUGACUCUCUCCGUUAUCUUUACGGACCUGAAUAUAAUUCAAGUGAAGAACACGGUGUUCAACUUUUUAAUUUUCUACAAAAUGAAAACCCGAGUAUAUGGAACCGUCAUUCGGGUCAUGAUCAUUUUCUUGUUAUGGCCCGACCCGCUUGGGAUUUUUCCCAGCCGUUGGAUAAUGAUCGUCAUCUUUGGGGAACUUCGUUUUUGGAAUUGCCGCAAUUUUUCAAUGUAACUGCUUUAACAAUUGAAGCUCGUGCUUGGCCUUGGCAGGAACAUGCUGUUCCUUAUCCGACGUCGUUUCAUCCACCGAAUCUCGCUUUGUUAGAUUCGUGGAUUCAACGCGUUCGUCGUAGCAAGCGAUCCUCGCUUGCUCUUUUCGCCGGUGGUGGUGGUUUAUCUUCUGCUCCGAAUAUUCGACGGAGUAUAAGAAUUGAAUGUGAUAAUAGCAGUAGUAGUGUUGGGAAUGGGAAUUAUGAAAAGCUUUGUGAUACUGUUGAUUGUUCGAAUGGUGUUUGUGAGCAUGAUCCAAUUAGGUUUAUGAAACCGAUGUUAGGUGCAAAUUUCUGUUUGCAACCACCGGGGGAUACUCCUACACGUAAAUCGACUUUUGAUGCGAUUCUUGCUGGAUGUAUACCUGUUUUUUUCGAGGAUUUGUCUGCGAAAUCGCAGUAUUCGUGGCAUUUGCCGGAGAAUGAAUUUGAGAGUUUUUCGGUUACUAUACCUAAGGAGGAUGUUGUGUUUAGGGGAUUGAAGAUUCUUGAUGUGUUGCAAAGAAUACCUAGAGCUAGGGUUAGGAGAAUGAGGGAGAAAGUUUUGGAGUUGAUUCCUAGGGUUGUGUAUAGGAAGCAUAAUAGUUCUCCUGGUUUGAGAACUAAGAAGGAUGCAUUUGAUUUAACGAUUGAUGGUACAUUGGAUAAGAUUCGAACAAGGCUUCAGGAACUUGAUUUUGUUUUGUAAUUACAGUAUUUCCUCUUGUUGUUUUAGGUUUAGAUUUAAGCAAUAGCCAAUUAGCCAAUAGCAUUUGUACUUUCCUUUUUUAAGUUUUGUUUUUGGCAAUAAUAUCAAUAGAUCUUGACUCGAAAGGCAAGUUUCCGUGUGCUUUUAAUUGUUUUCCUGAGCAAUUGUAUAAGGACAUAGUUAGCUAUAUUUGGAUGGUCUGAUUCAAUUUCAA